CGACGUGCCGUCAGUUUGGAUGUUUGGCGCGCGGGAUAAUUGGCUAGGACGGGAUGCUAACUAAACGGAGAUCUUGAAUUGUAAGGGGCACAGAGUGCUGAACCACCAUGUUAGACGGUAGCCAGUUUGUGGAUGCUGUGGGCCGUCUAGGUUAUCCUGGUGCAUCAUCAUUGAAGGCCUCCGAUUUCGACUGGCUGUUUGACUGUGCCCCGGAGAACCUUCACUUCUUGCGCUUUGUCUGUCGGACCCUUAACAAGAGCAAUGUUCUCACUAAGGAGGAGGCACAUGCUUAUCAGGAGCUGCGUAAGUCUGGCAAGCCAUUUCUGGAUGAAGCAGCCUUGGGGGAGCUCCUUAAAACCAUUGGACCUUCAGAUGGGAGCAGUGCAAACAUCUUAGGGCCCUCUUCAUCCUCUGUGUUUGCACCUGAGGGGAAUGUGGCCAUAGAGGACUUGGAGGCAGAGCUCCAGGCACUGCGUAAAGAGAAAGAGCUGAAGCAACAUCGGUUUAACAGGUUGCAGGUUGUGGCCACCUCUCGUGCAGAUGUUGAUCUCCGACUUAGUGAAGAGCGGGAGACCGCUGUAUGUAAACUAAAGGAGGCCAGUGCUUCCAUUAGAGCUGAGAAUGCUGACACCAACGCUCUAUUACAAAACCUAACAGAUGAGGUGAGAAAGCUUGCUUCGUACCUCCCAGUUCAGCCAGAGGCCAAGCAAAAAGAAAAAGGAAAACCUGUGGCCCCAUCAAACCUUUCUAUCUCCAAAAGCCCCACUGUCCUUCUUUCUCAGCUUCCCUUGGAUCCCUACCUGCACCAGGAGGAGCUCAACACUAAAACACUAGCUGCCUUUACUCAGAAGCAUUUCUUCCAGGGCAUCUCUGACAUUGUUGAGACUUCUUUCUCUGAGCGCUUCCAGGUCCUUGACCUCAGUUCUUGUGAAGAUCGUGAUGAUGAAAAGAACAAACACGAGGGGGGAGAGAGGGAGGCGCAAAUGGUGGAACACAGGAGGACAGAGAUGGCCAGACUUCAGUGGUCUUACAUUGUGGCCCAGCACCAACUAAUGCAUGCCAUAGCAGAGGAGAAGAGUGUCAAGGCUGGACUGGACUGGCUUUCUGAAAAGUCCUCUCAUACCAAGAGCAUAUCCAUGUCCUCUUCACUGCAUGUCCGUGAGGUUGUAUCUAGAAAAGAGUUGCAGGCGGUGGAGGCUGAGUUGGAGGCUCUGCUUCAUGGACCAGUACCUGCUGCCCUCAGAGAGUCAGCCAGGUUGCUUAAUGUGCCGGUAGUGAGGGGAGACCUGGCUUUGCAAGUAGCCAGGCAGGACUAUUACACCUCCAGACAGAAUCAGGUACAAGACUACCUACUCCGCCAGAAGGCUUCCUUUGAGCUGGUGCUCCUGGGUCAGGAGUUGGAGUUGAGGAGGUGGAGGACUUGUCUUAAGCAGCUGGAAGAAGUUAAUAGUAGACUGGUAAAAGAAGGUGAAACAGCAACCCUUAGAAUUGAGUCCCUGGCACACCCUGACCUGACCAUCAACCCCAGGCCCAACCCUAUCAUCAGCUGCAAAGAUGCAGCUUUCAGCAGGCUGCUCCAGAUCCUUGACCAUGAUUCAGACCAUGGUCGAUCAGAGCCUUUCCGGACAUAUGAAGCAUUGGACCACGCUGCUCGUGACCUUGCAGGCAACCUUCAGACAACCCGAGAUGCGCUAGCUGGUGCUGGCCGUGAGCAGUACUACACAGCUGCUCGUCUUUAUGGCGACUGUGAGGUGCUCCACAGGGCAAUGUACACAGAGCUCCAGCAGCUGGUCUUAGGGCCGCAGGUACGUCCAACGGCCAUCACUGACCAGGAGCUGCUCUGCCCUAAUGCACAGGAGCUGACAGUGAAACUUGAGGGAGCAGAGUCUCGGCUGCAGAGUUUGCAGCAUGUAAUGCAAGAAAUCAUGGGGGAAGUUAAAGCCAAGCGUUCUCAGCUGGAGCGCAAUGCCCUCCUCAGGCGAGAGAGGGAGUUGUACAUCUACUUCCACUUGGAUGCCCGGCUGCUGCAGAAAGUAGUGGAAGAUCUGGAGGGCAAAAUGGCUGCAAAGAGAGGGCAGCAGUAAAUCCUGCCACAAUGAAAAAGGAAUGCCAGCGCAACCUCAGUGUGCAGUUUCUGUGCUAAACCAGGUGUUAUAAAGUUUGAAAAUAUCUUUGAAGUACACUGUUCUUUCAGCGGACGAGGUUUACUAAGAAAGCCCUGCUCUGGUACAAUGUGUACCAAUGUGAACCUACUCCAAAUCUGCACCUUCACAUGGUUUAUGCAAGAGACGAGGUUCAAUCCUUUGAUUCUUUAUCUUUGGGACAACACUUAACUUGGGAAAACGUUUGAUUGCAUAUGGAGCAGUGCUGCCUAUAUGAUUGGGAUUAUUUUGAGUGUUUAUUGUAAACAAUUUUUACAUAAACUAAUCAAGUAAUUUAGUGUCUUGUGAUGUUCUAAAUGUCCUUGUUUUCUUUUUGUCAUCAGAUAAAUAAAGGAAAAUAUUCUGUUUUAUGGA